AUGUCCGCGGUCACACCAGCUACCGGUGCUCUUCUAGCCAAAACUCUUACUUCGCCAGCCGCCCUGGGAUUUGUGCCCGUCGCUGCCCAGUUUCAUAUAUUCAGAAUCCUGGCCAGCAUCAACAAGCCCGCUACGGGCGAGGAUGUUCUGGCUGCGUACAAGAGCACCCUCGACAAUGGAGAUGCCACAGCCCCAGUUCCUUCCGUGGUUCUAGUUCAGGACACCCUCUUCGCAAUGAGUGGUCUAGGCCUUGUGGAUCUCGUUGGAGAGGAUCUAUAUGGAGCCAAUGCUCUCACCCACCACCUAGCGGAGUCUCCAUCUGCUGUCCAUGGGGCGAUUCACUUCACAACGGAGACACUCCUGGCAGCGGCGUUUCUCAUGUCGAAGCUCAAGGCAGGGAACUUUGCCUACCCGUUCAAAGAAUGUGAAACCCCGAUGCAAUAUGCGUAUCAGAUGAUGGGCAAGGAGGAUUAUGCAGAACAACACACAUACUCAAUCAUGGCAGCAGAGGGCCGGAUGGAUAGUUUCAACACCUUUAUGGUCGGUAAGUUUUUCAAGCCCCGGAAAACACCCGACCGGCUGCAGGCACUGGGGUACGACCUCGCGGCAGUGGUCGGGGAGGCCGGGCCCUCCACGUCGACAAUGAUGGUGGAUAUCGGUGGCGGGCGCGGCGAGAUGCUUCUGGAAAUUAAGGAGGCAUUCCCGCAGUUCCAGGCGGCAGAUCUCGUGGUCGAGGAGUAUAACAGCGAUCUCGGCGGCGAUAUCCCGGGAAUCACGCUGGUCUCUUGGGAUUUUAAAGAGGGGAACAGCCCGCAGCCCCUGCAAGGAGCGCUCGUCUAUCACAUGGCGCACAUCCUGCACAACCUGCCGGAUCUGGACGCAAUAGAGUUGAUGCAGAAAAUCUCAGCAGCAAUGGCGCCAUACUCACGCCUGCUCGUGCACGAGUUCUCUAAGAACGUGAACUACGCGAAGAUGCAUGCCAGCAUGUCGGUGUUGUUUGGGGGUCGCGAGCGAACGGGGACGGAAUGGCGUCGGAUAGCGGCACUGGCGGGGCUCGAAGUGACAUUCGAGGCAUAUCCCGAGCUGGGAGAGGGGCUCUUGGAAUUUCGGAAGAAGUAA